AUUAAGUGGUUAUGAUUAUUCAUUGAAUAGUUAUCUUCAAUCUUACCAAUAUCAUGCAUAUUCUCAAAGACCAUAUUCUAAAAAGAAUUAUUUAAUUAUUCCUGGAAUUGAUAAGUUUAAAACUAUUGAAAGUGAAACAUUGAAACAUAUAAAAGAAUUUACUGAAAUUACUACUGAACAUAAGAAAUAUGAUAAUGUUUUACCUUUAUCUAAUUUUGAUGGUGAUCAUAUUGAUAAUGAUAAAAGUCAACUUGAAUUAAACAAAUUUAUUGAUCCAAAUCAGCAGAUUGGUACUGAUUAUAAUUUCGAUUUAUCUAAUGGAAAUAAACCAAUAGAAACUUUAUCAAAUGGAAAUUUGAAUGAAACAAACAAUCAGAAAGAAGCAAACAAUAGUGAUAUGUUAUUACAUAAAUAUUCAUAUAAAGAACAAAAUAAAAUAGGUGCUAAUAAUAAAAAACCGUAUUUGUCAAAGAACGUUGAAACUCACUCAAAUGAGGAAUUUCUAUACAAUAGACAGUUAAUUAAAAGUCGUCAAUCUUCACGUUAUAUUAUUCUUCGUCCACGAAAAAAAAAGAAGUUAUAUUGA